UUUGAAGUAGUAUUUUAUAAUUUUUAAUACCAAGUUGCUUUCCAAAUUGCAUAAUGAAAGCGAAGAGUGAACGAAGAAAACAGUACAUCUGCAACCAAAUAGAUGAUUGUAAGGAUCUGUCAUCUCUGUUCUAUGUCUUACCCUUUCAGAAGGGAUACUUAGUAAACUGGGAUGUACAGCGGCAGGUUUGGGAUCAUGUCUUUGGGAAAGAUGUCAUGAAUCUAGAUUGUUCGGAAUCAACAAUCAUCAUCACAGAGCCCUACUUCAACUUCCUAGCCAUUCAA